UUUACCAGACACCGAGAGCCCAGAGGGACUGCGCCCAGCCUGCUAGACACAGCGUCCGCCACGGCGUGGCUCGGGGCAGAGACACCAGGGGCCCCUUCCCCCCUCAGCUUCCCUCCCGGCCCCUUUAAGAUGGGGCUGGUCCUCUCCUCUCUUAGUUAACCCCUCCAAGUCCAGGUGGCCCCCUUGGGCUCCCGCCCGGUGGGCGGAGGCAGAGGGGAGCGGAGAGGGAGAGGCGGGGAAAGGGUUGCUGAAGUUCAGAGGGAGAGAAGGAGGCAGGGAGCCGGGAAGGCUAAACGGCCGGUUAGGGGCCCCACUGUGCCAGGCGGGCAGUGCCAAGUCCUGGGAGCCCGGAGCUGGGGGGAGGGCUGGGGACAGCCCGGCCCUGCCCCCUCCCCCUGCAGGGUGCCCAGCAACUUCUGAGGAAAGUUUGGCAUCGGCUGCGCAGUGGCCGGAGGAUGGGCCGGGUCCUGCUGGCCUGGUGCUUGGCUCUGUGCUGCUGGGGGUGUGUGGCCCCCGAGGGCACACAGGCUGAGGGGAACCCCUUCAUGGGAAGCCUGGGGAACAUCACCGGUGCUCGAGGCCUCAUGGGGACCCUUCGGUGUGAGCUCCAGGUUCAGGGGGAGCCCCCCGAGGUGACCUGGCUGCGGGAUGGACAGGUCCUCGAGCUGGCGGACAGCACGCAGACCCAGGUGCCCCUGGGCGAAGACGGACAGGAGGACUGGAAAGUGGUCAGCCAGCUCAGAAUCUCAUCGCUGCAGCUCUCGGACGCGGGGUGGUACCGGUGUGCCGUGGUCCUGGGAGGAAAGACCUUCGUGUCCCAGCCUGGCUACGUGGGGCUGGAGGGCCUGCCUUACUUCCUGGAGGAGCCCGAGGACAGGACUGUGACCGCCAGCACCCCCUUCAACCUGAGCUGCCAGGCCCAGGGCCCCCCGGAGCCCGUGGACCUGCGCUGGCUCCAGAACGCCGUCUCGCUGGCCCCGGGCCUGGGCCCGCAGCACACACUGCACGUUCCCGGCCUAAACAAGACAUCUUCUUUCUCCUGCGAAGCCCAUAAUGCCAAAGGCGUCACGACCUCCCGCACAGCCACCAUCACAGUGCUCCCCCAGCGACCCCGUGACCUCCACCUGGUUGCCAGUCAGCCCACGGAGUUGGAGGUGGCUUGGACCCCAGGCCUGAGUGGCAUCUACCCCCUCACCCACUGUACGCUGCAGGCUGUGCAGUCAGACAACAGGGCGGGCUCCCGGCCGGGAGAGCCAGACCCCCCGGAGGAGUCCCUCACCUUGCAGGCCUCGGUGCCCCCUCACCGGCUUCGGCUGGGCAGCCUCCGUCCGCACACGCCUUACCACAUCCGAGUGGGGUGCACCAGCAGCCAGGGCCCCUCCCCCUGGACGCACUGGCUUCCCGUGGAGACCCCGGAGGGAGUGCCCCUGGGCCCCCCCGAGAACGUUAGCGCCAUGCGGAAUGGGAGCCAGGCCCUCGUGCGUUGGCAGGAGCCAAGGGCGUCCUUGCAAGGCACCCUGUUAGGGUACCGGCUGGCCUAUCGAGGCCAGGACACCCCCGAGGUGCUAAUGGACACAGGGCUAAAGCGAGAGGUGACUCUGGAGCUGCAGGGGGGCGGGACUGUGCCCAACCUGACGGUGUGCGUGGCAGCCUACACCGCCGCCGGGGACGGGCCCUGGAGCCUCCCGGUGCCCCUGGAGCCCUGGCGCCCAGGUAACGCCCAGCCUUGCUCAGCCCCCUCCUGGGCGCACCAUCACUGCCCUGGGGGGAGGCUCCCAUGCGGGGUGCCCUGUCCUCAGCUCCUCUCCAUCCCCCCCAGGGAAGUGUUCGAGCCAACGGUGGAGAGAGGCGAGCUGGUGGUCAGAUACCGCGUUCGCAAGUCUUACAGUCGCCGGACCACUGAAGCCACCUUGAACAGCCUGGGCAUCAGUGAGGAGCUGAAGGAGAAGCUCCGGGAUGUGAUGGUGGACCGGCAUAAGGUGGCCCUGGGGAAGACCCUGGGAGAAGGAGAGUUUGGAGCCGUGAUGGAGGGCCAGCUCAACCAGGACGACUCCGUCCUCAAGGUGGCUGUGAAGACGAUGAAGAUUGCCAUCUGCACGAGGUCAGAGCUGGAGGAUUUCCUGAGUGAAGCUGUCUGCAUGAAGGAAUUCGACCACCCCAAUGUCAUGCGGCUCAUCGGCGUGUGUUUCCAGGGUUCGGACCGAGAGGGCUUCCCCGCGCCGGUGGUCAUCCUGCCUUUCAUGAAGCACGGAGACCUGCACAGCUUCCUCCUCUAUUCCCGGCUUGGGGACCAGCCAGUGUUCCUGCCCACGCAGAUGCUGGUGAAGUUCAUGGCGGACAUUGCCAGUGGCAUGGAGUAUCUGAGUACCAAGAGGUUCAUACACCGGGACCUGGCGGCCAGGAACUGCAUGCUGAAUGAGAACAUGUCCGUGUGUGUGGCGGACUUUGGGCUUUCCAAGAAGAUCUACAAUGGGGACUACUAUCGCCAGGGGCGCAUCGCCAAGAUGCCGGUCAAGUGGAUUGCCAUUGAGAGCCUGGCGGACCGUGUCUACACCAGCAAGAGUGAUGUGUGGUCUUUUGGGGUGACGAUGUGGGAGAUUGCCACACGGGGCCAAACGCCGUACCCGGGAGUGGAGAACAGCGAGAUUUAUGACUACCUGCGCCAGGGAAACCGCCUGAAGCAGCCUGUGGACUGUCUGGAUGGACUGUAUGCCCUGAUGUUCCGCUGCUGGGAGCUAAACCCCCGGGACCGACCGAGUUUUGCAGAGCUCCGGGAAGACCUGGAGAAGACACUGAAGGUUCUGCCCCCCGCCCAGGAGCCGGAUGAAAUCCUCUAUGUCAACAUGGAUGAGGGUGGGGGUCAUUCUGAACCACUUGGAGCUUCUGGAGGAGCUGACCCCCCAACCCAGCCUGACCCCAAGGAUUCCUGCAGCUGCUUCACCUCGGCUGAGGUCCAUCCUGCCGGACGCUAUGUCCUCUGCCCUUCUACAGCCCCUGGCCCCACCCUGCCUGCUGACAGGGGCUCCCCUGCACCCCCAGGGCAAGAGGAUGGAGCCUGAGCAACCCUCUACCUGGGACUCUCUCUCAGGACCCAAGCUAGGCACUGCCACUGGGGGACAGUCUUCCCCCCAACUUUCUCCUGGCCUUACCUUCAUGCAAGCCUCCCUUUCCUGCCUAUUUCACGUCCAUCCAGGACAGAUCCUUUCCCUUUUCCACACCUCCACGUCCCCAUUCCAGAAGUGUGGUGGAACGGGUUAGUUGGCAACCACUAAGGGCCCUCAUUCCAAGAUUCUAGAGUCUGAAGUUUAAAGGGUCCAGUUCAAAGAUGUCAUGAGUUUUGGGUUCUAAGCAGCCAAAAUUCCAGAGUCUCUGAUUCUAAAGUGCUAAGGUUCUAGAUGUGGAAAGGCUCUGAGAUGCUAUGCUAGAUUUUCAGAGGUUCUAAAAUUGAAAAGCUCCUAAGGUUUUAGGUCCUAAAGCAUUAAGAUUCUAGUCCUAGGAUCUAAGUUCUAUUAUCCUAGAACUUACUUUUCUAGGGCAUUGAGUCCUUAGGGUAUAAGAUUCCACAAUUCUAAAAUCAUAGUAAGACCUACCUAAUGCUCUAAAAGUUGAUGUUCAAAGAUUCUUGUAGUUUAAGCAUUCUAGAUGUAAAACUAUACCUUCAAGGUUUUAUAUUCUCAAGUUCUAAGCCCCUAAUGAUGGUCAGCUAUAGGUUCUAAGUCUUUAUGAUCCUCAAAACUCUUGUUAUGGGAUCUUAGAUCCUAAAAUUUAAAGGUUUUAGAAUCUGAAAUUCAAAAAUUCUAGAAGUCUAAGCUGGAGGUUCUAAGAUCAAAUGUUCUAAAAUGUGAUAUUCUAGACAGUCUAAGAAACUGGCGUUUCUAAGUGUCCAGAUUCCAUGCCCCAAGAUUCUAGAUUAAGUGCUAAGAUUCUAAUGUUGUUCUAGUCUAUGUUCCAAAGCACUCUAGAUUUGUUUGGUCUGAGAUUCUGGAUCCGCAGUGUAUAAGUCAUAAGACUCAACAGUUAUGACUAACUAGAUAUCAAAGUUCUAAUCACUUCUUGGACAAUUUUAGGUCUGGGCUGCAUUCUGCCUUUCUAGAACUUUAAUCAAGGGCCCAGAUACACACAUUCCUGAGUCAUAAGAUUCUAGACACUGUAAUUCUAAGAUUCUAAUAGAAGAUUCUCAAGGUCCACUGGUCUAGAAGCCUAAGGUACAAUUCCAAGGUUCUAACCUUAUAGCAAUUUGUGUGUCCCUCCCUUCUUAUCCACCUCCGCUUCCUCCUCUCAUGUGGCUGUGUGCCCCUCUCUAGCCUGUGCAAUGAAUUAGGGAUCCCUCCUUUCCCCCAGGGGAUGAUCUCUCUUCUUUGGGGGCAUGUUGCCCCCCUGAGCCAGUCCCUCUCACCCCCUGUACAGAAUGUGGACUCUGGUGUCUCCAGAGGGGCUCAGAUCACAUAAAACUUUAUAGCCAUGC